UGACAGAUUUACUCUAGUAUAUGUCGUCAGAUUGAUAUUUUACCCAUAGAAAAUAUUUCAAAUAUUAGCUAAAAUGGACAUGAAAUAUGUGAACUAAUGCUGUACUAAUAUGUAGGCUACUACUUUCUGCUCCAUGAUGUUAUUUUUUGCAGUGUGUAUACAGAUUUAUGUGACAGUUCUGUGUGUAUCAAUUGAACUGUAUAAUUUAGCGGUAUAAAAAAAAGUUUUGAUAUUUUUAUACUGCGAUUUAAAAUUUUAAGUAAACAGAGCAAUGAACAUGUGUUAUGUCCUUCAACAGUUUGCAUAACAAGCAGCGUGAUGCAAAGGGUUAGGUGACGAGUCAGAAUUUAGAAACCAGAAAGCUUAGCUCUUGCAUGUCGACCUAUUCGCCAACCCAGAAGGGCACCUCACUGCCGGACCGGCUGCAGCACCGGGACGAGACCCAGACACACGGCAAUCAUGCGCAAAUUCAGGGCGCUUUCCCUGGAGGCAAAAGUAGCCGCGGCGGCCGGAGCUAUGUUUCUGUCCAUGGCGAUCGCUAGAAAUCUAAUUUCUGAGCGCUUUGAUAUAAACAUCCGAGCGACCCUGUACCGAGUGCAAUUCCUGCUGCUCAUCAACGCAUUCAUGCUGCUGGGAUCGCUGUUCGUCUGGAGGAGGAUCGCCUCUGCGAUGAUUCUGGGGGUGAAGCCGCCCUCGCCCUGUCUCUGCCAGGCUUGGAGAGCCGGCGUGUUUCUGUUCCUCCUGUUAACCCAUAGCAGCUUUUGGACAUUGUUUUAUCUGGUGGCCGAGGAGCCGCAUGCUUUGAGCCGAGUGAGCUACACCUGCCUGGGCGCAUACGUCAUUCUGCUCUUCCUUCUCUUCGCCCUGGAGUUCCUGGCGCUAUGCCGCAGGACCUUCAGCCGCGUACGCGCGAAGUUACAGACGCCGGCAGGUAGAGAAGCGACGGUGCCGGGGGCGCCCGGCGUCCUGGGCAGACAGGCGCUCCUGGCUAUAGCCUUGACCGUAACGCUUUGCACCUUCGGGCUCAUGAAUGCGUCCCUGCCCCCGGAGGUCGUGCGCUUGGAAAUCACGCUGGACAAACUGCCCCGCUCCCUCGACGGCCUCAAGAUAGUUUUGCUGUCCGACAUCCAUCUCGGAUCAACUGUCGGCCGCUCCAGGCUGGACCUAAUAGUUUCUAUAGUGAACAGGCUGGAGGCAGAUCUGGUGGCCAUAACCGGAGACCUUGCCGACUCCCAAGUGUCGCGACUCCUGAGUGCCUCUGAGCCGCUGCUGGGGAUGAAGUCCAAGCUGGGCUCGUACUUUGUCACAGGUAACCAUGACUACUAUACUGCCGACGUGAAGGCGUGGUUUGCCCACCUGCGCGCUCUCAACAUCCAGGCCUUGCACAACGAGCACGCUCGCAUCUUUCAUCCCGGCCGGAAGAGCGACUGGCUUUGCCUCGCUGGAGUGGAUGACUUAGAGGCCCGUAUUCUGAGGUACCCGGGACAUGGGAUGAACGUGACAAAGGCGCUGGAGGGAUGCUCCUCUGACAGUCCCAUCGUGCUCCUUGCACACCAGCCUCGGGCGGCCCGCUGGGCUCUGCAGGAGAGACCUGACAUCGGCCUGGUGCUUUCAGGUCACACCCAUGCAGGUCAGCUCUUCCCCCUCUCUAUUAUGGCAUACCUGUUGAACCCUUACUUCUGUGGUCUGUACCGCGUAGGCGACAGCAGCAUGGUGUACGUCUCCCCUGGGACGGCACACUAUGGUAUUCCCAUGAGGAUCGGAAGUAGGGCGGAGAUCACCGAGAUCCUUCUGAGGGCACCGUGAAAAGCUCCCCCCCCCCCCAUUGCAAACACACACUUGCACUCAUCACACUAUACCAGGGGAGGCCAAUCUUACCCGCAAAGGGCCGGUGUGUGUGCAGGUUUUUGGGAUAACCUGUAGGUCAGCUGUUCAAACCCAGGAGGACUCUUCAGCCAAUCAGUCCUCUAAUUAGUAAUCUAAUUAGGGAGUUACAGCGAAAACCCGCAUACACACCGGCCCUUUGUGGAUAAGAUUGGACACCCUGCACUAUACUGUGCAGCCUUUAGAAACACGCACCCUGGUACAAAACCACUUAUUUACACUCUAUGGUACCACUGAAGCAAUGGGUCAGAAGCUUGGACUUUAUAUCCUCAUAUGAAACAUUUCCUAGGACUGCCUGUUUCAAGGUUUGAGACUGACUCAGGAGCCAAACAGCAUUCCCUACGGCUGUCUGAUGUUCCCCGUCUGUAUCUGUAGCUGUAUGAUAAUUUUAUGAGCUAAAAUCUUUCUUUUAUCUUGGCUCCGACGAGCCCAAUGAAAAGGCCGCAAAGAGCUGCGUCAAUCUUCUCUGUCUGUAUUGCUCUUUUCCUCGUCACUGUGAUUCAGAUAGUUAUCUAUUACUUCGUGACCUGUCCGUUCAGCUUGGCGGGCUCCCUGCUUUUAUUUUUAUAGAUAUUUAACUUGAAUAUUUAAAAUAUUUUAUAAUCUGCUUUGGGGCCCGAUAUUUCACUUGAAUAUUUAAAAUCCUUUUGAAUUUGCUUUUGGGCUCUCCGCAUUGUUGGUAUAAAUAAGCAUUUCACUUGAAUCUUUGAUAUCAUUUCAAAUUUGCCUCAUGCCAGUUUGGAGUUGUACUGUCUGAGUUGCAGCACGUGACGUCAUUCGCAGGUAAUGAUGUAGAGGAAGAACAAGGAAAGGAAAGAACAGGAGGAUGAGUGCGACACACUCAGUCGUGCCCAGAGGAGAGGCAUGGACUACACCUGGUGCUCAGAUGGAACGAGGAGGUGAAAUUUUGUGUCUGAACCUCUGAAAUGUGAAUAUUUGUAUCUGCAGAUAGUUGGUUUACAUGACAAUUUCUCAUAGGUGUGUCUUGGGUGAAAUCACCCCCCUUUUUUCAUUCUGUUCCUUGUGAGUCCGUCUGGCCAAGAGAUUCUACAAUGAAGAUUUUUGUCCUUCCUGCUCUCUGUCUGUAAUUUCCGGUCCUGGGAUGUACCUUCUCACACACAUUUCGGAGGAAGCUGGGUAUUUACUGAAUACUCUCAAACUUUUACUAAUACUGGUUAAGAGCCCGGAUGUGUGUUUUGAUAUUUUGCAGACCAUUUUAAAACAGUAGGGUUAGCAACAAGUGCUUCCAUUCUUAAAUGAAGGAUUGUACUCCUAGGCAGGUUCUUGCGAUGUGUCCCUUGAAUAAAGUUGUAAUUUUUA